CUCGCUUUAAAUAGCUUGUUCAAGUUAAAUCUUAUUCUGUGCGGUGUGCGCACAUCGAGAAGGAUUAUUAAAUGAUAAAAUAUGAGUGUUGCUUGAAAAAAAUAAUUAAAUCGUAAUCAAUGUAAUGAAGUGUUGACCUUUUUCCCUGGUCUAUCAUAUAUUGUGACAUACUGUGAUAGUUAUUGGUGAUUAUUAUCAUAAUAUAAAAGAAUUAUUGUUAGAAGACAUUGAAAAAAUGAAAAUUAGAUGAAAAAGAUAUUUAAAUUAUUACAUCCCGAUUUCUAAUGUGUGUUACAUUUCAUUUUUAUCCGAGUUCUUCAUUGUAACACCAUCGUCUGUAAUAGUCGGACGUGUAUCUAAACAGAAGAGGGAACUCGUACGAUAUUAUUCCUUUGAAAAAAUCUUGAUAUCCUCUUAUUUAUUUUUACUUUUUUUGUUUCGUUUUUUCUUUUGUUUAUUUUUUUUUUAUUUUUUUUUAUUUUUUUUUUUAUUUUGUAAUAAUCCAUUAUCAUGGUUGAAAAUAUCGUCGCUUUAGCUGUAUCCACGUGUUACAUUAUAUUGACGAGUUUAAUCGCAUAUUGGAUGAGAAGAUAUGUCAAUUAUUACAUAAAGGAACCUUUGAUACAAUCAUUGUUUCUCGAGGGAAUAGCAACAGCUGAAUUAUGCGGUGCCUGUUUUGAAUUGAUUAUAAUUGCAGAUAAUUGGGGAGUAUCCAUGUAUGCGAUAUAUUUAUUUGUUUUAACGAUUUGGUGGAGUUUAAAUUGGGGCGAUGCCAGUGCCUGUCCUUAUACGCACAUCGAAGAAGCAGUCGAAGGAAAUAAAUCUUUACGCAUAGCCUUUCUCUUGAUAUGGGCAGAACUUAUUGGUGGUCUCGUUGUAUUUAGAUAUAUACAAUUGUUGUGGGCGUUAGAGAUCGUACCUACUCACAAAAAUAAAGCUUUUGAAGAUUGCACCACGGAUUUGCAGGUGCCUGUUAUAUUCGGUGCAUUUAUAGAAUGCAUAGCAACGUGUAUAUGCAGAGUAGUAUCUCGUGCAUUAAGCAACCUGAAUUCAAUCUUCGGUACCAUUAUUGAUUCUUUCAUUGGAACUUCUUUAGUAGUCGCAGCAUUCAAUUAUUCCGGCGGCUACUUCAAUCCUGCUUUGGCUACAUCAUUGAAAUAUGGUUGUUUAGGAACUUCUUUUAUGGAACAUGUAAUCGUUUAUUGGGUAGGAGCUUGUGCAGGUUCUAUCGCCUCUGUGAGGAUAUAUAACAUGCCUUUUAUCCAAAAUUUUAUAAAUCGAGGAAAGGAGAAAGUUUCUUAAGAAAAAUAUUCUCAACGGAUUUACCGAGCAUCGUUUCCUUUUUUUCUUUCUUUUUUUUUUUUUUUUUUUUAAUUCUUAAUUUUUAAUUUUGUGUUCAUUCGCGUUGAAUAUUACCUCGACAUUAAUAUUUCUCAACUUUUUCCCUGUAUAACGUUAAAGGUUAGAUUUAGAAGGAUUGAAAAAGUUAAGACAAGCGAACAUAAAAAGAAAAAACGCACAGAUUUUUGAAAACGUAUCUAAUAUAUAAUGUAAUAAUAAUUAAUUUCGAGUGUACAAAUUAAAUUUUACAAAUCUUCAAUUUCACAAAUCCAUGCAGCUCGAAUUUAUCGAAUGAUGGAAAAAAUAAAAAUUCGAUUUUGUAAAUAUAUUGUGAAUAUAGUAAGUAAGAUAUACCCCAAGUAACAUAUACCCCAAACAGCUAGACACAAAAUAUUUUUUUUUUAAGCAAAGAGGUCAACAGGAAGGAAUAUAAACGCAACAAUCUUUGACAUAUAUAUAUAUAUAUAUAUAAUAUAGUUCAAUUAGAAUGCGAUUUAUUAUGUAAUACAAUAUGACUUUUAUUUAUAACAAAAAUCGAUAUUUUAUUUAUUAAUAAUAAAUUAAAGUCGAACUAUAUAUCGACAUAAGUUUACUGUAA